GGGUUUGCGAAUAUUUUCGGAUGUUCGGUUAGUUUGAAAACAUUAGUGACCAGCCUGCGGGAAAAAAUGGAGCGUGGAAGGAUGAGUCGAGCAACCGGCAGCAGACCAUCGGAUCUGCCGAUGCGAGUGCAAGACAGCAACAGGAUGAGCAUGGUGUACACAACGCCCCAGAGCAAAUUUGGAAAGCUCAGUAUACCCAAACCCCAGUCUGGGACUUCUGAGAGGCGGACCAGCUUCUUUGGUGCCCGGACUAGUGGAGCUGGCAUGCCUCGCAACAGCACCAUGUCAGGGUUUGGAGGAACUGAGAAGAUCAAAGAUGCCAGACCUCUGCAUGAUAAAUCUUUUGUUCAGCAGUGUAUUAGGCAGCUGCAUGAGUUCCUGACAGAGCAGGGUUACCCAGGCACUUUGUCCUCCAAGACCCUCCAGUCUCCCUCUACCAAGGAGUUUGUCAAGAUGUUUGAGUUCAUUUACCGCCAGCUCGACCCAACCUUUGAGAUGCCAAACUCAAAAGUUGAGGAGGAGAUUCCAGCUAUCCUCAAAGCUUUGAGAUAUCCAUUUGUUCUCUCAAAGUGUUCAAUGUACUCUGUCGGAGCUCCCCAUACCUGGCCCCAGGCCCUGGGUGCUCUUAUGUGGCUGAUUGAUAGCGUCAAGAUCAACUGGAGUUUGAAUAAGCAGGACCUGCUGUUCAGUGACUUCUGUGAAGACAGUGACAGUAUUGAGGAGGGAGCCGAGUAUAACAAGCUCUUCCUGGACUACACAGCUGAGACAUACUCCAAGUUCAUGCAGGGUGAUGACACAUUUGAGGAUGAGGAUGAAACCUUCCUAACUAAACUAAAGAGGCUUUACAAUGUGGACGAAGCCCUGCUGGCCUCAAUGGAGGAGAAACACAGAAUACUCAGUAAAGAGGUUGAACAACUGGAGAAGGAGAGUCAGACCGACCGUCUAAUGACCAAGAGAAUGGAAAAGGUGAAGCUGCAGGCAGACCUCAAGAAACUCCAGAGUUACCGAAGCAGCCUGGAGACUUUUAAAGCCAACCUGGAAAACAAAGCUUCAGAACUGAGUGAUGAGCUGGAGACCACUGUCAGUCAUCUGGAAACUCUGAAACAUGAAAGAAACGAGCUGCAACACCUCCUGCAAAACCAGAAGUUUACUCCAGCUGACGUAGAGAGGAUCAACAGAGAGAAGAGGGAACUCCAACAGACCAUCUCCAGUCUCAGCAAGUCUCUUGAGGAUGCUGAACAGCACAAGUGGAACGAAGAGAUUGCUUUUGCCAAAAUGAAAGAGAAGGCGGAGUUGAAGCUGGCAGAGUACCACAAGCUGGCACGUAAACUGAAGCUGAUACCACUGUCGGCAGAGAACGCCUGUGGUCACGAUUUUGAGAUCAGACCUUUUGAAUGCGGGCCUGGCAGCAUGGUUCAACACAAAACACAGAUACAGAUGCUCCUGAGAAAGCUGAUCAGUGAUGUGGAGGAGGACAACAGUCGGUUAACCAACACCAAACUCAGUCUGGAGGAGUCUUGUGAACAGGUUAAUUCUAACAUAAUGGACAAGUCCAACGAUAUGAAGCAGCUGAGAGAGCAGAUCCGCAAGCUGGAUGAACGGUUGGAUUGUGACAUGCAGGAACUCGCCCGAGAGGAACAGGAUUGGGCAGUAGAGAUGGAGUCAGUGGAAAAUCACCGCAAACUUCUCGAGAAGAAAGUGAACUAUGGAUAUGACGAGGCUGUACAGCAACUGAAGGCGGCACAACAACAGUACCACCUCGUGCUGCAGGAGACUAACGAGGAGAGGCGAACGGUAGCCAACAACCUGGCGUCUGUAUUUACCACCGCUGCUAACCACCUGUCCAUCACAGAGAAGUGCCUGGAAGAUCUGCACAGCAGAGUGCAGCGUGUCUGCUCGAAGGCUGUCGAGGAGGAUGAGGCUGCUGUACAGAAGCUGCGGGAAACUUUGAAGAACUUCGUGUCCAAGGCCAACAAUUUAUAAAGAGAAGCAGCAGGGUGGAGAUGAUUUCAAGAACAUCAGAAGUGUGGAUUUACCCCUCAUUUGUUUUUUUUAUAAUUUUUCAUUCUGCAAAAAAGAAAACUGAUUUUCACGUGUUUGUUCUUAACUUUUCUAUAUCUUACAACCUGACAUUAACGUUAUUUUAAAAUCUGGUUCCAUAUAAAUAGACUUGUACCCUGUCAGUUUUCUGUGUGUUAAUUUGUGAUUACAUCAGUGUGUUUUUGUUGUCACAGACACAUUGUAAAUACAGAUCGGUUGCAGUAAGAUGGAAGUUUGUAAGUAGUUGAGCCUGGAUUUCUAUGUGUUUGUAUGCAUUCUGUAUUUAAACAAUUUUCUGUUUGUGUUUUUAUAUAAUGCUUAAUAAAAGUUUGUUUAAAACCUUC